AGGAAAUUUUUAGUUCAGCAGGCAACCCUGCAAGCUAGAACUGCUGUCACGGUGGGUAACCAAAUACCUCAUGAUUCUCUGAAGACCUAGACGUGGGCCUGCUCAGGCCAGAGAAGACAGCCAGGACCCAGGCCUGCUCAGACCAGAGAAGACACAGCCAGAGCCCUGAGGUUUUUUAAAUUAUUGAAAUCGACCUUCUCCCUCAAGAUGACAAACAGUUCAACGUUCUGUCCAGUUUACAGAGAUCUGGAACCAUUUACAUAUUUUUUUUACUUAGUUUUCCUCAUUGGAAUUAUUGGAAGUUGUUUUGCAGUGUGGGCUUUUAUACAGAAAUCCACAAAUCACAGAUGUGUAAGCAUAUACUUAGUUAAUUUGCUUACAGCAGAUCUCCUGCUCACUCUGGCAUUACCAGUAAAAAUCGUUGUUGACUUGGGUGUGGCACCCUGGAAGCUAAGGAUAUUCCACUGCCAAGUGACAGCCUGCCUCAUCUACAUCAACAUGUACUUAUCUAUCAUCUUCUUAGCCUUUGUCAGCAUUGAUCGCUGUCUCCAGUUAGUACACAGCUAUACGAUAUACCGAAUACAAGAACCUGGGUUUGCCAAAAUGAUAUCAACUGUCGUGUGGCUCAUGGUCCUGCUUAUAAUGGUACCAAACAUGGUGAUUCCCAUCAAGGACAUCAAAGAAAAGUCAAAUGUAGGUUGCAUGGAGUUUAAAAAGGAGUUUGGAAGAAAUUGGCAUUUGCUAACAAACUUCAUCUGUGUGGCAAUAUUUUUAAAUUUCUCAGCCAUCAUUUUGAUAUCCAACUUCCUUGUAAUCAGACAACUCUAUAGAAAUAGAGACAAUGCAAACUACCCAAGUGUGAAAUCAGCUCUGCUCAACAUUCUCUUGGUGACAGCUAGUUACAUCAUAUGCUUUGUUCCUUACCACGCUGUCAGGAUCCCAUAUACCCUCAGCCAGACAGAGGUCAUAUCUGAUUGCUCAACUAGGAUUGCACUCUUCAAAGCCAAAGAGGCCACACUGCUGCUGGCUGUGUCUAAUUUGUGUUUUGAUCCAAUCCUGUACUAUCAUCUCUCAAAAGCAUUUCGACUAAAGGUCACAGAGACUUUCGCCUCACCUAAAAAGACCAAGGCUCAGGAAGAAAGAUUGAGAAGUGAGAAUGAUAUGUAAACUGCUGGCUUUGCACGUCAGUCCUCCUUCCUGACUAGACCAUAAAGCUGGUCACAUUUUUCAAAGAUAAAAGAAGAUGCUAAGAUAGAAUAUGCUUAAGAAUAAAAGCCACCAUUAUCUAGCAAACAGGGAAUGGUUCAUGAGAGAAGUCCUUUCCUCAAUACAAGCCAACCCUAUACUCGCACAGUUGCGGAUAUUCUUUAUCCCAACUAUCUGUACAGGGAAACUAACAAAGCAUAUUGAACGAAGGUCAACUGGAAUGAUCAAAGUGAAAACAGCCGUUGCAAAGACUCAGAGAUUCACUUCAAUGCCUGGAACUGACUUCUUGAUUAAAAUAUGUCAAAUAAUCUACAUCUAAGUUGCCAGGAAGCCCUUCAGCAAUACCUUGAAGGUCUUUGGUGACCUAGAAAAAUAAAAGUUAUUUAUAACUAUUGCUUUGAAAAGUAUUAAAUGCUCUCUAUUCAAAACCCCUA